AUGUCUUCACACGCAUUCCCCGGCACAAACAAAAGCCCCCAAUACCGGCCCAACCCAUCGCUCCGACCGCGCGGCGGAAAGUGGUACAUCCCCUUCGUCGCAGCAGUUGGCCUCGGCUUCGGCGCAUACAACUAUUACACGCAAGCGCGAGCCCGGCAGGAAUACGCCCUCCGCGAAGAGGAGAAGCGAAUGGCCAAGAACCGCGAGCUGAUGGAUGCUUAUGGGAGCAAGGACUCUUUGCAUGAUGUUCAGCAGGCCUUGGAGAUGUAUGGGCGGUGA